CAAAUCUGUCAUCUUAUCAGUUCCACGACGAACUUGAUUGCUGAUGAGUUCGAACGCCAGACAGUCUAUCGGAAGCCAUGUGGCGCGUAUUGUUGUUGCUCUCCACGGUCCUAUACAUAACGCACUGUCUCCAACCCAGGAUUAUAGGAGGACAUAACGCGUCCAUCAUCGAGUAUCCGUAUCAGGUGUCUAUUCAUUAUAUGGGAAAGCAUCAUUGCGGAGGGUCCAUAAUAAGCGAAAAUUGGCUGCUAACGGCAGCGCAUUGUAUCUACGGAUUGAUCCCUGUCAACUUUAAAAUUCGUGCAGGCAGCAUUUAUAACAACAAUGGCAUCGAGUACAAUAUCAAAAAUAUAAUUAUGCACGAGAAAUACAAUAUUUAUACGUUUGAUUACGACGUCGCUUUGAUAAUGCUGUCGACCCCCAUAAAAAUAAGCCCGACCACGAAACCGAUCGCGCUGGCUCAGUCCACGACCUCGGUGGAGAUUGGAAAAAAUGCAGUGGUGACAGGAUGGGGCUAUUUGUCGGUAAAUAGUAACAGCAUGUCCGACAUUUUGCAAGUCUUAACGUUGCCUAUCGUGGACCAAAAUGUGUGCAAGACAAUUUUCAGUGGAAUCAAUACGGUGACAGAAAAUAUGAUCUGCGCGGGAAGUUUGACUGGAAAAGAUACUUGCAAAGGUGAUUCCGGAGGUCCAUUGGUGUACAACAACGUUCAAAUUGGCAUUGUAUCCUGGGGCCUUAAAUGUGCGUUACCUAACUAUCCUGGUGUAUACACGCGAGUGUCCGCCAUACGAGAUUGGAUAAAGAAGAAGACAGGCGUAUAGAAUUAAUGUCCCUCGGCGUACACUAUAUUACAGAAAGAUUUAUUUUUCUUCGCAUUCGUGAGAGAGGUGUGUUGCACAGGCUUCUGUUCCACAGAAAUGGAAAAACAACUUGCACUUUUUCUCACGUUCAUAAAUCUUUCCAUCGAGAAAAAAUAUGCGAAUAAUAUCCUUUUCGUGUAACAAUCUUCAAAGCUUAUAUUUAUAGGUGCAGCGUAGUACACUUUUUGCAUUAAAUAUAAAACCGUAUUUUACGUGUAUAA